UUAGUUUGUAACCGUAGCUGGAUGUGUAGGACGUCACAUGUUUUUUUUUCUCCCCUUUUCACUCCAGCCACUUUAGUGAUAUGGGUUAUUUACUGUUUAACGGCUCAGGAUUCGGGACGCGGAGCUCGAAGCCGGGACAGGAUUAAAAGCUCCAUAAGCUCCAAGUUCGAGCGCAGUGAGAGUUGUUUUUUUUUUUUUUCAGUACAGGAAGGAUGGAGAGUCCGCCGGCAGGAGCCGGUCACUCGCUUUCUAAUCUGAACGUGAAUAACAACAGCGUUAAAAAGUGCGGAUAUCUGAAGAAGCAGAAACACGGACAUAAGCGCUUUUUCGUGCUCAAGGCGCACACGGAGGGCUGCCCGGCGCGCCUCGAGUACUACGAAAGCGAGAAGAAAUGGAGGAACAAGGCGGCCGCUAAGAGAAUCAUCGCCCUGGACUCUUGCCUGAAUAUUAACAAACGAGCGGACGCUAAGCAUAAAUAUCUAAUCGCGCUGUACACCAAGGAUGAAUACUUCGCAGUAGCGGCGGACAACGAGCAGGAACAGGAGAACUGGUUUUGCGUACUGACGGAUUUAAUGAACGAGACGCGAUCGUGCGAUGGAUCGGCCACGCACUCCGCUUCGUCCCUGCUCGGGUUCGACGAGGCGAAUUACGGCGUUGUGACUCCGCUCGCAGCGGUCUACACGGAGGUCUGGCAGGUGAACUUAAAAUCGAGGGGACUAGGGCAAAGCAGGAAUCUAACCGGCGUGUACCGGCUGUGUUUAUCAAGCCGGACGAUCAGUUUUGUCAAGCUUAACUCGGACGUCGCGAGCGUGAGCCUGCAGCUGAUGAACAUCAGGCGCUGUGGUCACUCCGAUAGCUUCUUCUUUAUUGAAGUGGGCAGGUCAGCGGCUACAGGGCCGGGCGAGCUGUGGAUGCAAGCGGAUGACUCCGUCGUCGCGCAGAAUAUUCACGAAACCAUCCUGGAAGCUAUGAAGGCUAUGAAGGAGCUCAUGUGUGAAUUCCGACCGCGCAGUAAAAGCCAAUCAUCGGGCACGAACCCGAUUUCGGUGCCCGCCAGGAGGCAUCUCGGUCACCUACCGCGUCAGGCUGGACUGCACCGGAGGUCGCGCACGGACAGCCUGGCUGCUUCGUCACCUGGUACCAAAUUUACAUCGUGUCGGAUGCGAGCUGCCAGUGAAGGAGAUGGCAUGACCAGACCUGUUUCUUUAUCUGUAGCUGGAAGCCCUAUUAGUCCUAAAAUCAACCGGACAAACCUAUGUCGUUCAAAUACAGUUGCUGCCCGCCCUUGCAGGACAUUUGAAUCAAUCCCCCUCCAGCACAGUAAGUCCAUGUGCAUGUCUGUAUCUCAUUCUCUUUCUUCUACCGAUGCCAGUCCUGUCAGUCUACCCUCCACAGGUACCCGCCCCGCGAGCUGCACCGCCUCGGUUGCCGGCUCGCCCAGUGAUGCUGGCUUCAUCUCCUGUGAUGAAUGUGCGUCCAGUCCAGGUGAUGCCCGGCAUCCUUUAACCACUCACCGCAGCAUCACCCCGGAGUCUUUCACACACACCCCUCCUUCGCAAGACGGCGGUGACCUGUACGGCUACAUGAUCAUGGACAAGCAGAGUGUUUUUUUACUCAACCAGAACAGACACGGUCCACGCACUGUAGAAGAGACUUUGGGGGAUCUUGAGAAAACCUACAGAAAAAGAACAUACUCUCUCACCAUGCCACACCAGAAGAGGGUGCCAGCUCAGGUGUCUUCUGUUUCGCUGGAUGAAAACACGCUCAUUAGGGCCACUUUUAAAAAUUCAGGGCAUACCGCCUCCCCAAAAGUGGUGUAUCCUGAAGAUUACGGUGAUAUUGAAAUCGGAUCUUUACAAAAAAGCCCCAGAAGUAACUUGGGUGAUGAUGGGUACAUGCCAAUGAUAGCGGGUGUGGCGCAGACGAGUUGCAAGACUGAUAACUACAUGCCCAUGAGUCCUAUGUGUGUCUCCUCCCCAAAACAGAUCAUCAACCCAAAGACACACCCCCUCACGGUGGCCAACGGCUACAGAACGAGCUCGCCUAGCAGCUGCUCUCUGGAUGACAGUGGUUACAUGAGGAUGCUGUGUGGCUCCAAACUGUCUGUGGACAGCUCGGAUGGAAAACUGACCAACAGCGAGUACCUUAACAUGUCGCCAGCGGACCUGUGUGGGUCCGUCACGCCUCCAGAUGACUUCCUCACCACUGUGGGUGGCACGGAGCAGCUGCCUCCUCUCAGACAGCCCCACAUUUAUAGCUCUCUGCCCCGCUGCUACAAGCCACAACAGAAGACUGACAGUGGAGACAGAGAGGAUCAGUACGUCUUCAUGAGUCUUCAAAAUUGUAAAAUAGUGGAGGAGCCAGAGAAGGCAUCGCCCAAAAUUAUGCCCUCUAUUAUGAAGCACAACAGGCCUGACAGCCUUGUUCACAGACCCAGGAUGAACCGACCCACCCGUCUGCCCCUGGAUUUGCUCUGUACGCUGCCUAGCAUGAACGAGCACCCCUUGCCUUUUGAGCCAAAAAGCCCUGGUGAGUACAUAGACAUUGACUUUGGCCAUGCCAUACCACGAUACUCGCCACCCUCCACAGAGAGCCCUGCGUCCUCCCUAAGUUCCUCUAGUGAGCAAAGGAGGUCUCCCCUUUCUGAUUACAUGAACUUGAAUGUAAGCUCAGAGUCUCCCAAGUCUGGAGGUGGUGCCCCUUUCAGCCCCCUCAAUGCCAACCGGGACCCGGUAGCCUCUCCUGUUUUACCUGAGGAGAAAGUGGACUGUUACCACCUCAGAUCACAGGUGGCACCUUCAGGUCAGGAUGGAAAAACUAAGGACGAUUACACUGAAAUGACAUUCUGUGUAUCUGGCUCUUCUCCUCAGUCUUCAUCUCAGCCCACCAGCCCUCCACUCUGUGCGCGAAGGUUAAAUCUGGGUGGCGCUGUGGGGGUGGGAGCCGUCGAGUCGUUUCUGCUAUUGGGAGGCAACACGCACUUAGUAGACCCCGAUCGGGGCGCCAAGGUGAUCCGCGCCGACCCCCAGGGACGCAGGAGGCACAGUUCCGAAACCUUCUCCUCCACCACUACCGUCACACCCGUCUUCCCUUCGUUUGCACACGACGCCAAGCGGCACGGCUCAGCCUCUGUGGAGAACGUCUCCGCGCUGUUGAGGAACGACGAGAGCUUAGACGAGAAGACCAGCAGCCCGAUGUGCAGAGAGACGUCUGCGGGCUUUCAGAACGGACUGAACUACAUUGCCUUAAACCUGAUGGAUGAGGGACUGGCCGGUUGCGAUUCUCUCGUCCGAUUCGAAGCUGCCAGCUGCUGCAAGCGGGGCAUCGGUGCAAUACAUGCCAGUCUGUAUGGGUUCAAGGAUACAGCAACAGUGGUAAAAGACUAAACAGAUCCAGACCCCGUAUUGGACCCUCGAUACUUUUCCAGACAACAGAGAGAGAGAUGGGUGGAAAGAAAAAAAAAAAAAGACAAGGACGGCCGUGCAGACAGAUGUACCACACUGCUGCUCCUGCUGCCUCUCCUGCACUUGCCUGAUCUUUGACCCUUGAACUUAUUUAAAUGCCGAUCGCCAUGGCAACCAGGACACUUGACCUGCUCUUUGUCCCACUGACGAGGUCUUCUAUCUCCGUGCUGCUCUAAAAAUGACUAACGGACUUAACAGACACAAAGGCUGGACCCCACAUCUGUCUGUGCGUCAUUGUGGGCUCACUCCCUUAUAGACUCAUGUAUUACUGGUUUCUGUUUAAGUGCUUUGAACUUUUGAGGUGCCAGUGUCCCUGACCUGUGAAUCCAACCUGAAGUGUAACGUCAGCACACACUCACAUAUAUACACACACACACACACACACACACACACACAUGUUGCACAUGGCACGUACUUAUUUAUUUAUGUAUAUGUGUGCAUUGCUGGGUGUGUUUCAGAUACGUACACACGUACGCGGCGAUAAAUGGUUAUUUUCACCAACUAAAUGAACUAGUCGCUUAAAAACACUACCUCAGAUUAAGCCAGGUUUUGACUUGCAUAUUAAAAAUGAUAUAUUGAUCUAUAAAAACUAUUUAUUUUCAGUGCUGAAUGUUGUAAAUGCCAAUCCAAAGCCUUACUUACUGUCAAACAGUGUUUUCCUUACGGACAUUUGUUAUGGACCUAGAAACAUUCACAGAGUAUCAAAGAUCGCUUACCAUGGAAACUGAAUGUCUAAUGCAGUAGGAUCAGGAUUUUACCAUGAAUAGUGACUUCCUCUGCAAACAAAGAUUUCCUAUAUUGCUAUUCUUAUUCUAUUCUAAGUAUUACACAUAUAUUUAACUGAUUUUAAUAUUAAUAUAAUUCUAUUUAUAACUGCUGGUGAAUGGCAGGGGAUGCGGUGCAACGCUGCCUCACUCACAUCCAUGUGUGCUAAGCAGCUGCCAGUUAGCCAGCCAGUCAGGUACAUAGAUACAAAUACACUCACCACAAGUGUCCACCAAAUAGACAUGUAAAACACAAGGACCUAAUUUUACUCUACCGCUUUUAGAUUUAUUAACCCGGGAGCUUGUCCUCACCACUAGGGCCUGGUGCACACAAUGUGAUCCUAAUGCUCAUUUCUAGUCGCUGGCUAAUUUUGGGAAGGUGUCUUCCCAGGCAGAUCAUUGAUGAAACGUUAGUACUUGACCGCUUCUGUAGUAGAAGUGGUUCAGCAAUGUGAUUUCUGCAGUUGCUGAUCAGUCGUUAGGGCUUCAACUGUGCUAACAACUCCCCAACAAGUAGUUGUGAGUCUAACAUAGAGCAGCAACCAAUAAGAGCAAUUGAGUAUAUAAAAACCAAGAAUUAUGAGGAGUGUAUUACAAGGCGCAUAUUAUAUUCAAAACUCACUUGCAAAUAGAGCAAAGAAGUCUUGCUGGGUCUCAAAUAACUCUCUGUAUACUGAAGAGUAUUAUGAGUUACAAAUAGAUCUUCAGUAAUAGUGAGAGCACUGUUUUAGUCAUAUUGUGAAGUUUGAGAAACAGUCUUUCAGCUCAUACGCAGCGCCGAUUUUCUAAUUCAGGGCUAAAUAAGCAAAUUUUAACAGGCACGUGAACACAAAAUAAAAUUGUACAUGAAUACCACUUGUGGGCGCCCAGGUGGCGCAGCGGGAUAUUCCGCGAGCACACCAGCGCAGAGAUUGUGAACUACUCGGUUCGAAACUCGGUCAGCCGGGCGCCAUCUAGCGGGCAUAAUUGGCAGUGCCUGCAGCAGAUACGGUUCUGCUAGGGCGGGAUGACCGGACUAUGUGGGUAAGGUCUUCAAACACUGUGUAAGGAUCCGGAUGGGCAGAUAGAUAGGCACCUGUGCAGAAUUAAUGGGUGAAAAAGGGUUACACAAAAGGGCUGCAUGUGGAUUGGAGGAGGCGUGAGCAGCAAUAUACCCACCUCGACUGCAAUCAGGGAUCCCCCAGCAGCGGAAGACAAAUCGACUACACUAAAUUGGGAGAAAAUGCAUAGACAAAUAAUAAAAAUACCCAUUGUUGAGGCUUUACCAUUUUUAUUAAUUAAGUACAUUUUGUUUUGUGUUUCAUUUUGAUGCAUUGUUUGUACAUCAAACCGAUAUGUGAGUUGCUUGAAAAAAGUUCCAUUCUAAUCUAGAAGUGCACCAGCAGGAUACAUUGAACUUUAAAGAAAAAAAUACCAUGCAACCUGUAUUACACUCCUUACGCCCUUAAUCUAUGAUCUGUUCCACUCUUUGUUUCUGCAGUGUCAUGUAAACAGUCAAAAAACCUUGAAAAUUGAUAAAUCAUGAAUUGUUACACCUAAUCAUGUAAUGCGCACUAUGCUGUGAUCACAAGAAGUACCAGUGUUUUGUCUUGCACUUAUAAAGUACUCGGAUUGUAACACAGAAAUGAAUUUGAAUGUAGAGUAUUCUGCAGCUCCGUAUGAGCAAAGCACGGACAAAGCGAAACGAAACAAAACCAGUAAAUCGUACGACAAACACAAGCAAAAUGAAAGUCACAUGACUUGCCUACAAGCUGUAAAUAUGUAUAUAGAAAAGCUGAUGAUGCAACCGAUGUGCAGUUGUGACUUUGGAAUGUUUUUAAGUUAAUGAUGAGAUAAAACCUUUGUUUUUUGUGUAUAUAAGCAGUAUAUGUUUAAAUAAAUUUCCCCAACAGGUAAAGCACUAAUGAAGGUACUUGCCAAACACCAAAGUUUGGCCUGGAGGUUUUUUUAUUAUUAUUUCUAAUCUUUUGCUAGGUUUGUAAGAAUGUGCAAACUGUAUGAUAAAUGCCACUGAGGAAAUAUUUUAUAAUGCUGUAACAUAAAAACGAAAACAUUCAAUUUAAUUGAAUACUACUUGAUAUUAAAGAAUAGGUACAAAUUUACAUAUGGCAUAUGCAAUAUUUACAUUUUAUAAAAAAUUAAAUAGUUUACAGAAAGAAACCAAAUGUAUAAAUACUGUUCAUAAAGUUUGAUAAACCAUGAAAAGGUUUUUUUGCUGUACAUAUUAUUUUCUUGCCAACUUUGAAUGAAAACCUUUCAGUUUUUUGCUAUUGGAAUCUACCAGUGAUCUGAGCAGUGUUCUUACUCUAAUUAUAUUUUUUCUCAGUAUGGAAAAGAUGACUAUUUUAAGCCUUGCUUGGUUUUUUUUUUUUGCUGUGUCUUCCAUUGUACAUAUUUCAUCUAGUGCGCAUUGUGAUGCUAUUGAGAGAUAAUUUAAUAUCAGUGUAGUUAGUAUUGCUUUAGAACAUGUAAUGAUUGGGAAUAGGCACAUGCAAUAAAACGAUAACAUUAAGAA